AUCAUGAUUCACAGAGGAAUUUUCUUUGAAUUCUCGCAAAUUUAAAUAUCGAUACCUAUAUCGAUAAUCGAGAUAUCGAUAUAUCUAUCGAGUUCUAAUCGGGCACGCUGUUCCAAGUAUGCAAGAUGGAGACGACUGUGUUUUCAGAUUGAAUAGGUGCGGUUUCUUCACGGUUAUAAUAGUUGUUAUCAGCUGUUUCGUGUGAUAGGCCGCGCCUAUAAAAGCCUCGACAGAAUCGAAAUAUCGAUGGCCGAGUUGCCGUCAAGACGACCACGCUGGGAUUAAUCGCAGUUUAACAUAAUUGUCAGCUGUUAAAUGUUUUUGUUACGUGCAAGCGCAUACAGAACGUGCUGCGCAAAGUCACGAAUAGCAUAGUAAUAACGCUUUGCGAGAGCCGUGCGUGAAUUCAAUGAGACGCGACAAACUUUUAUUCAACAAAGAGAAAGUUCGGUAUAGACAUGGAGAAUCUAGAGACGUUAGGAUGGUACCUGUCUGAUCACGGUUAUAAUGUGGCAACUGAUUCGGAUAGCAUAGUUGAUACCCAGAGGAUAAUAAAACGAUUGCUAGAUCUUGACUUAAGAGAGAUCGGUAGUGGAAGUGGAGAUAUUAAUCAGGGCAAUAUUGUGUUACAAAUUCAAAAGAUACGUAAUAUCUCUGCGCCCAAGGGAAAUGAAGAAUCAAAAGCUGCUCCACGAAUGUUAAAAUUAUCGUUGACAGAUGGUAAAAAUAAUUUUCAAGCUUUAGAAAUUGAACAUAUAUCAGCUUUAAAUUUAAAUACACCACCUGGUACGAAGGUAUUGAUAAAAUCAGGAACCUUUCCUGUGUCACAUGGGCUUCUUUUAUUGAGCCCACAAAUAAUUCAUAUACUUGGGGGAAGAGUAACCAGUUUAGUGGAAAAAUGGGAAUUAAAUAAGAGAUUAGCUUCACAUACUCGUGUAAGAUCGACUGAAGAAGGUGGACCACCACCAUGGAUACCAUUUGGUAAAAAGAUUAUAAAGGUUUCUGAGCAGGAUAAGAAUUUUAAAGCACUAGGAAAAGAAAAAAGUAGCAAAGAGAAUACAGAAUUUGAGACUCAGCGUAAAGAUGCAAUAGCAGAAGCUGCCAAACAAGGCAGUAAGAAAGUGUUUGGUGGUGGAAAUAAGCAGCUAUUAGAUCAUAGUGUACAGAAAAUUGUAGAUCGAGGAUUUACUAUAGAGCAAGCAGAAUAUGCUUUAAGAAUUAACAGAAAUAAUGUAGAUAGAGCUCUUAAAAGCUUACAAAAAACCGAUAGUAAACAUAACGUUAAGGAAUCUCGAGAACCACGAGAGCCACGAGGCAAGCGUGACAAAAAAGCUGAAGAGAGUAAACCCAGCAGUGGAAAAAUAUCUUUAUUUGAUUUUCUCGAAGAUAAACUACCUGUGCAACCUGAAAGUGUUGAAACAGCAAAUUUGUCACAAAACAACUAUGUGCAGAAUAGUGAAAUUAAUCAAGAUCGUCUUGACUCAAGAGCCAAUGAUACACAAAGUGGAAGAGGUGGACGAACUCAGAAAAGUGGCCGCGGAUAUCAACCUCCUCCACGACAUUUGGAGGAACAUAAAAAUAACAAACGAACAAAUAAUAGCAAUUCUUCCAUGUAUCUGCAAUAUAAUGGUGCCACUCAUGCACAGCAAAAUAAACCACCAAGAUUUCAACGUAAUCAAGAAUUUCAGUAUCAGUAUCAAUAUGAUGGAGGCAAAGAAGCGUAUCAGAAAUCUCAGCCGAAUGAUUAUAGAAAUAUGUUUGCUCAGUCACGCACAAGUACAAGUGUAAAUGCCGAUAGUGGUAACGAAAGCUAUAAUAAAAGUCAAGUUGAGUUACAAGCGAAGAAUCUCAGUAGUAACAAAAACUACAAUCACUUCGAUCCCGAAGCCAGAAAUAGGCAUCCAUAUGACGCUUCUUUUGGUAGACAAAAUCGACCACAACAAAGUGGAACCUCGAAAGUAGGUUACACGUCUAAUACAACUGAACAGAAUUUUAAAAAUCAACUUAGAUAUCAACCCAAUAAUAAUGUUGGAAACAGAAUGUCCGUAAAUCCUAACUUUCAAAGAAGUGAAAACAAUUAUAAUCAUAAUGUUUCCAACAAUGCAUGGGUAUGGCGAAUAGGUGACAAGUGUAUGGCCAAAUAUUGGGAGGAUAAUAGGUAUUACAAUGCUGAAGUCACUGGGGUUUCCGAAAGAACCUGUGUAGUGCAAUUCAAGGGAUUUGAGAACUACGAGGAGGUGCUUCAAGUGGAUUGUAUACCCAUAACAGAUGAUUAUCAAGAUCACGUUUCGGAUGUAAGACGACAAGAUCAACGUUCUAACAAUCGGCAACCACGUUAUGAUCAAAGUCACAAUCAUAUAAAUGCAGCACCUAUGGAAUUUCGACGAGGUGGAAAUGGUGCCGUAGGAGGGAAUAAGGGGUACAAUAAAAAACGAAAUCAACAACGGAGUACACCCAUCUAUCAACCGCCAGCGCAGAGAGGCCACUCUUCAAUGCCAAUUAAUAGUCAAAAUAAUACUCCACAUAAUUCUUUCCUUUAAUAUAAUUCUAGUCUUAUACAUCUUUAGUGAAAGAAAUAUUCAGUUUUUACUAAACCUUGAGACAGUUGCAUUUGCUACUGGAAAUUAAUUUAACAGGUUGCCACAAACUGGACGGUUUAGAUAUCGUAAAUGUCACUAGGCGUGAGUAAUAUAUGCAAUAUUUAAUUUUUACUCGAGUAAAAUUAAAUAUGCAAUAACUUAAUAUUGAGCAAGUUGAUGUUUCACGUCGUACACGAAAAGAGUCACGAAACUUCUACUGUAAAAAAAAGUCGACUGUGUUCUUGAAAUAUUAUUUAUAUUGUAUGAGAUACUAUUUGUAUUGUAGGAAAAUUAAUUCUUAUUAAUACUGCAGAACAGGGCAAUAUCUGUAUCUCGUCCAUUUUAGCCGUAAUACAAUUGUAAUGAAAUUU